GCCUUGCCUGCCUGCCGGCCGGGGCGGGGAGCGCUGCUCGCUCGCCCCUCGACGUGGGAUGGGCCGGGGCAGCCGUCGGGGAGCGCAGGGAGGUAUCAGGAGAUAAAAUGACCUAGAAGAGUAUUCAAAGCAUGGACUGUGAAAGGAACUCCUUCCACCUGAUACUGAAAGAAGGUGCUGUUUUAAAUUUUUUGAAUAUUGGUAAACUGAAACUCUAAAAAUGAUGACCUGCUCAUUGGCCAGUUACAAGAAAAAUGCAUAUAAGGCAGCUAAAUAAGGACUGUGGUAUCAGGGUUUCAUCAGAUAAACUGUCCAAAAGAACUACUUACCUGGAGACUGUUAUAUUAAAUUGUUGAGCUCUGCACUGUGUUACCCUCCCUAUUACCCCAGCACUUCUGCAUAUGAAAUGCUUCAAAAGAAGGAACUGCUGUGGUUUAUUUAUGACUGAAGUGAAUUACAUUGGAUAUAAAAGAGAAAUGCAGGGUGCAGAGGGCCGUGCAGCUUGAACAGUCUUACUACACCAAUGGAAAAAACUUCUGGUUUGCACCAAAAUAUGACAUCUAUAUUUUUGCUCAUUGGUCAUCUCAUUGUAGUGAUACCUCUCUUCAGUGCUGCAGAAGGGUGUAUUAUUUGUGAUUACUUUGUGCUUGUUGGAGAGCCUACAGCUAUUACUUGCCCAAUAAUUACAUUGCCAGUGCUUCACUCUGAUUACAAUUUGACAUGGUAUAAAAAUGGUAGUGCUACACCAGUGACCACAGAGAGAGAUGCCAGGAUCCACCAGCGAGAGGGCUUACUCUGGUUUAUUCCUGCAAUGCUGGAAGAUUCUGGAAUUUAUGAAUGCAAUGUAAGGAGUCUUAACCACUCUAACAAAAAAACUAUAAACUUAACAGUUUUUAAGAAUGAUAAUGGUUUGUGUUUUAAUGGAAGAAUGAAGUUUGAACAAAAAGUGACGAGCACGAAUACUGGAAAGAUUAUAUGUCCUGAUCUAGAACAAUUUAAAGAUGAAGACAAUAAUCAGCCUGAAGUACAUUGGUAUAAGGAGUGUAAACCUGGAUUUCUUGAAGACAAGCGACUUCUUUUGGCCGAGGGUGAAAAUUCUGUCUUGAUUCGUAAUGUCACUGUGCAAGACAGAGGAAACUACACAUGCCAUAUGGUAUACACAUAUAUGGGAAAACAAUAUAAUGUUUCAAGAACCAUAAGUCUAGAGGUUAAAGAAAAACCUCUGCAGAUGCAACCAGAGUUUAUUUAUCCAAGGAACAAUACAAUUGAAGUAGAACUUGGCUCUCAUGUAGUUAUGGAAUGUAACGUAUCAAGUGGCAUAAAUGGCUUGAUUCCAUUCUGGCAAGUUAAUGAUGAGGAUGUUGAUAUCUUUGAUAAAACCUACAGGGAACAGUUUUAUGAAGAGGGGUUGCCUCAUGGACUUGCUUUAUCUGGAACAAAAUUUAACAUUUCAAAAGUGAAAGUAAAGGACUAUGCUCAUAAAUUCUUCUGCCACUUCAUAUAUGGUUCUCAAGAAUUUACAGCCUACAUCAAAUUGGAACGCCCAGCUCAAAACAUUCAGGGAUACUUAAUUGGAGGAGGAGUUUCCUUGGUAUUUUUAGUGUUUUUUACUCUCUUUAUCUACAAGAUCUUCAAAAUUGAUAUUGUGCUUUGGUAUCGAGACUCCUGCCAUCCUUUCCUAGGGAAAAAAGCUUCAGAUGAGAAGAUCUAUGAUGCUUAUGUUCUGUAUCCAAAGAACAGAGAAAGCUGCUUGUAUUCAUCAGAUAUUUUUGCUCUGAAGAUACUGCCAGAGGUCUUAGAAAGACAGUGUGGAUAUAACCUCUUCAUACUUGGGAGAGAUGAUUUACCAGGAGAAGCUGUGAUCAGCGUUGCUGAUGAAAAAAUCCGUCAAAGUAGAAGAGUAAUAAUUGUUUUAGUACCAGAGCCCUCCUGUUACACCAUUCUGGAAGAUGAGUCUGAAAAGCAGCUAGCCAUGCAUAGUGCUCUUAUCCAAGAUGGCAUUAAAGUAAUUCUCAUUGAACUUGAUAAAAUACAAGAUUAUGCAACCAUGCCAGAAUCCAUCAGAUACAUUAAGCAAAAGCACGGGGCUAUCCGAUGGAAAGGAGACUUCUCAGAAAGGUCCCACUCAGCAAGUACCAGAUUCUGGAAGAAAGUGCGCUACCAGAUGCCAUCCAGAAAAAGCGGCUCUUUAUCAGAAUUGCAUUUAUUACCAAAAGACUUGAAUUUGCCUUAAAUAACAAAUGACAAACGACACUUAUAGACUGGUUCAGUUCACACAUUUGGUGAUGGAUUGACUGAAGGUCACAUGUAUCUGUUUUGUGCAAUCUCAUCCAAAUUUACUGGAAUGAAGGUACUACAGCUUUAUCUACAGAUGUCAAUCUUUUUUUACUUCUGUCUGGAUCAACAGAACACUUUGAAAUAUCAUCAGUAGCAUAUGUAGGAAGUACACAAGUACUUUUCCAAGAAUGAUUCUGUGAAAUUCCCUUGUACUAAAAAUGAAAGGACAAAAAACUGUCAAAAAGUGAAACCAAUGAAGAAUUUUUUUUCCCUGCAAUUAAAGUUUCAAUAUGAAGGGAAUUACACUAAUUAUGGUUAUGAUACUACGUAAUGGCUGGUGCCAGUAAAUGUUAGUUUCUUUUUUUUUUUAAAUGAAAUGGCACAAACCUUUUCUUUGUUACAAAUUUGUUAUUUGCCUUGUUCAGUUUGAGGAAAGAUAAAUCCCCCUAUGUUACUGCAUCAGUGUGUUAUCGUCCAGGAGAAAAGCUCCCUUAUCUUGAAACAAGCAACUUGCUUUUGUGUCCAACUCCAUCACUUUCCAAGCUCUACUUGAAGGCUGUUGCUAACACAGUAUUAGGCAGAAGAUUUCCUUCUGGUAUCUCCAUUUGUUUAUCUGAAAAAAAAUCAUGUUCUGCAACCUUCAGAAUUCAUCUAUUCAUUAACAUACUCCAGUGUUGGCUUUUCUUUUUUCAUGGCUCAAGCAAUUUUCUUAUGCCACCAUACUCAACCAAACAAAACUGUUCUGGCUGGUAAGUGACAAAAACAGUGGAAGUAGGUUCUUCUUCUGCUUAUGUUGCUUUGGCUUCCUCAGUGUGUGCUGGAAACUUGAAACAGUGGUUUUGAGAGACAGUCCCUUCUGAGCUUUUUGAGUUAUGUGUGUGUUUACCCAGAAUUGAAUAAGAAUAUCUUCAUUUCAAGAGGAGGGGGAAAAAGUGCAUUUGAAAUGUCAGACUAACUCAGACUGUUAGGGUACUGAAACGUUUUAUUGAUGAAUGUCAUGUAUGUACAGACCUGUGCAAAUGCUCAUAGUCUUUUCUCAUUUUGUGUUUUAGUCACAAGAGAAGUGUCAGGGGAGGAUCAGUCCUAGUCAUGAAGUACCACAUUUACUUAGCUGUUCAUGCAGUCUGCCUUUAAAUAUGGUGUGUGUUCAGUAGCAGCCUGUUGUAGGGUCAAAGAGCCUUGAGAUCCAUCUGAAAUUACUGAAAACCAUCUGAACAGGUCUAAUUGUUCACUUUGAUAGAAGAAUCAAAUAGGUCAGAAGCUGUAUGGUUUGGUCACAAAACUCUGCUUUAAGAAGAUCCCUGUAUCAAAUGUGAAGACCAGACUGGCAUUAUGGUAUUUGUACUCUGAGAACUAGGGUGUAACACUGACUUUGUGCUUUCACCUUGACAGCUCACAGCAUGCAGGCCAGCCAACAGAGUUGCAGUGACCUCAAUCCUCCUAAUUACUUCUGCUGACUGGAACAGAUUGAAAGGAGAACUGCUGCUUGUUAUCCCUAACUUUAAGAAUGAAAGGUUAUUUUACUGAGCCAAAAUAGUAUUUCUUUAAAAAAAAUUGUUCAUUUUGAUAUAUUUAUACAAAUCAUACUAAAGUUUUCAUGUGUGUUAUGUAAAGGCACUUUGAGGAAGAGUCCGUUUUAAGAUUUAAUAAAGGCACUACAUAUUUUUUUCAUACA